GCCGCGCACGGUUCAUUUCCAGAGCGGAAGCGACUACCACGGGCGGCGACGACAGGCACAACAUCGAGUCCAGUACAUCUUAUUAUUCCACUUCAGCGUUUCUUUCUUGCCCACGUCACACCCCUCUGCAACGCCCUUGAUCUACGAGUACCUUCGCUUGCAGAGCACCACUCCUCUCCCCCCCCCGCCUAGCGCUCGUUUUCCAAUCCCGCACAUGCCUGCAGCACCCUCAUCACCCUCCAGGCAACACACAAGGCAGGCACCCCGUCAGCACAUGAGGCCAACGUAAACCUUCGACGCCCUCUUCCGCCGCCAUAGAGAGCUCUGCGCCGCGACGCCCCUUUGUUCGCUCCACCAUGGCAGGCCCCCUCGGGAACCCGACCCCAUUCUCCGCACCGCCGUACAUGCACCCUUUCCGCCCCGCCUCCUCGAUGAGCGCAAACAGAUUCGACGAGGGAUAUUCCGAAGACACCAGGAGUCAAAGCGGGAGCGACAUGGUAAUGAGGACCGACGUAGGCCUGGGCGAGGGCGACUUGGAACCCGCCUCGCCCUUCAGCCUACCCGACUGGGUCAUGGCCUUGAGUGAGCACGAGCGGAGUGAAUUCGCCUAUGCCAUCCUGCGCUCGCUACGGACCUCGUCGAUAGCAGCCAUCGUCGAAAAGCUGAACCCGCUCCUGCACCUCGACCCUGUCAUCCACCUCCCACCCGAGAUCACCUUCCAGAUUCUCUCCUACCUGGACCCCGAGACGCUACUGCGCGCAUCCACACUGUCACGCGCAUGGAGGAACCGAGUACUGGACAGCCCCCUCUGGAAGCUCUUGUUCCGCUUGGAAGGCUGGAACUCCAACUUCCCGCAGGUGCGCGCGUAUGAAGAGGGCGAGAGGCAGAAGCGCGCCGAGUUCAAGGAAAAGGAGCGUAAGACGCGACCUAGGGCAGCCGAAGACAUGGACUACGACAAGCCCUCGUCCAAGAAACGCGUGCGGGAGCGACAGCUAUUUGGCGACGGUCCAGCAUCAGAGAAUAGCAGCAUAUACAAUACCCUUGAGCCGCUGUCCAGCGGGGGCUAUGCACAAGGCAAUACCUGGGAGGAACAGCAUGGACCCGUCGAGGCCGACGACAGCCCCUUGAUCAAAGCUGAGGACAAGAUGGAAGGCAUCUCUUUCCACGAUGCGUCACCCGCUGUCUCACCCACAGAGGUGACACGGCGAGAGAGGAAGCAGACCGCUCAGACCAGUGAUUUUUCACCCACUUCUCUUCUGGCAAAUCCACUGGGCCCUGCUAUACAACCCUCACUUCUGCUACCAGGCCCGGACGCCAAGAUCAACUGGCAGUUCCUUUACAAGCAGAAGAGAAGGCUGGAAGACAAUUGGGAUGCUGGCCGUUUUUCGAAUUUCCAACUCCCACAUCCUAACCAUCCAGACGAGGCUCAUACCGAGUGCGUGUAUACGAUACAGUACUCCGGGAAGUACCUGGUCAGCGGAAGCCGGGAUAAGACUAUCAGAAUCUGGAACUUGGAUACUCUACGCUUGGUACACCCACCUCUCGCUGGUCACACAGCCUCCGUCUUGUGCUUGCAGUUUGACGAACGCCCUGAUCAAGAUAUCGUGGUAUCCGGGGGCAGUGAUUGUAGAGUGAUCCUGUGGCGAUUCUCAACGGGGCGCAUCAUCAAGGAGAUCGACAAGGCACAUUCCGAGUCGGUUUUAAAUCUAAGAUUCGAUGAUCGGUAUUUGGUCACCUGCUCCAAAGACAAAACCAUCAAGGUCUGGAAUCGCAAGGAGAUGUGGCCCACGGAUGAUACCUAUCCCUCGUCUACCAUCAAGUCCAGUGCUCGGUUCCCCUCGUACAUCAUCAACAUGCAGGAGCAGGUGGAGAACUCGCACCUACAUUUCAAGCCACUUCAACCAUACAGUCUGAUCAUGACUUUGGAAGGCCAUGGCGCAGCUGUGAAUGCCAUACAGAUCCUAGACGGUCAGAUUGUCUCUGCAUCCGGUGACAGGAGUGUAAAGGUUUGGGAUGUGCGGACGGGUGCUUGCACGCGAACCUUCUCGGGCCAUAGCAAGGGCAUUGCUUGUGUGCAAUUCGACGGGCGACGAAUUGUCAGUGGCAGUUCGGACGAAACUGUUCGAAUAUUUGAUAGAGCCACAGGAGCAGAAGUAGCUUGCCUAAGUGGGCAUACCAACCUUGUGCGCACCGUGCAGGCCCAGUUUGGCGACCUCCCCGGAAACGAAGAGGAACUUGAGGCUGAGGCUCGAGCGGUCGACCGGAACUUCUUCGAGGCGCAGACUCGCGGUCUUCUUUCCGACAAGGGCCUCAACAGAGCGCAACGCCGCGCUCGCAAUGCUGGUUCCCGUGAUCCAAAGGCCAUCUUUGCUUACGGGGCAAAGCUGCCACCCGGUGGUGGAGGCAGCAAAUGGGCACGAAUCGUCUCCGGCUCCUAUGAUGAGACAGUUAUCAUCUGGAAACGAGGUACUGAUGGAGCUUGGGAGAAGGCGAAGACACUGUAUCAGAACGACGCUGUCCGAGCCGCCGGUGGUCGGCCUAGGAGGCCCGUUGUCCAGGCUCAGGCUAAUGCGAACCAAGGAAGCCAGCAGGCUCAGCAGAAUGCUCAAGCACCUGCACAACAAAACAACUUCCAGGCGUUGGCACAGCAGGCACAGGCACAGGCUCAAGCAGCUCAAAGCCUCGCCCAGCAAGCCCAAGCCCUCCAUGCAGCCUCGCAAACCGUACAGGGCACCACGACAAAUAAUGCAUCGAUGAACACAUCAAAUACCACCGCCACUCCGUCAGUGGCAGCUCAAGCUACCACGAAUGGAGGACAAGCAGGAGCUCCUACACAACAAGGAGGCGCUACCAAUGCUGCACCACAUCACCAUCAUCAUCAUCAUCAUCACCCUCCUCACCCACUCGCUGGUCCGCUGAAUAACCAGGGCACUAACUCGAGGGUCUUCAAGCUGCAGUUUGACGCGCGCAGAAUCAUCUGCUGUAGCCAAGACCCGACGAUUGUUGGAUGGGACUUUGCCAAUAAUGACAAGGAUAUUGUUCUCGCGAGUCAAUUCUUCGGAGACUCGUAUUGAGAUGAGAUGGGUCGGCAUCGCAUGAGCUCGGUUCAGUCGAUGUUGUGUCUGGUCAUGAACAUGGAACACAGUAGUGGUUUU